AAUACAUUCAUACAUGACUUGAUCACUAUAUAAGUCUUCUGCAUGUUAUACUUUUAUAAAAUAAAGAUAUUCAUGAACUUUUCAUCCCUCAACUUGGAAAAAGAAUAAAAAGAAAUGAAAAUACAAAGAAUUCGAUGAAUACUUCUCUAGAUGGACAGAUAUCACCAGAUAAAAGCAUCAAUUUAUAAAAUGAGGAAAAGAAAGUAAAAGAAAAGACUGACGUAAAAGAAGAAAACGUAUAUAACUGAUAAAUAAGAGUCGGCCAAUGGCCUUAUCAAGAUUACAAGAUGAAAUUUGGUCUUAUGAUUAUCGUAUUUUUAUAUUUUGGUCUAGCUUUGUUAGGUCAGAUAUUUAAACUCAUUAGAGCUGGACACGAUUUGGAUCUUAUAUUCGAAAUUUUAAUAACAUUAUUAUCCAACGUUAUUUGCAUAACAAGAUAUUGUAAUUGCAUUGUCAAUGUAAAUAAGUUUAGAAAAUUAUUGGAAAAUAUCAAAGAUGUUUGGAAUGCAACAAAAAUGAAAGAAGAAAUUGAAAUAAUAAAAAUUUAUGCUGAAGAAGGUAGAAACUAUACUUUGUUUCUUACAGUAUUCAGUUACUUUUCAUUAGGCUUCGUAGAUUUAAUUUCGUUGAUGCCGUGCAUAUUAGAUGUCGUUUUACCACUUAAUGAUACUAGAACUCGUAAAUUUUCAUAUCAAGCAGAAUUUUUUCUCGACGUAGAGAUAUAUUUUUAUCCUAUUUUAUUGCACACGUGGAUAACUAUGUUUUUCGGUGUGACCAUACUAAUCACUACAGAAAGUAUAUUUCUUAUGUUUGCUCAACAUUGUUGUAGUAUGUUCAAAAUACUUUGUUACAGAUUGGAACAUGUUUACGAUAAAAAUUUAGAAAACACCAAUAGAGAUAAUGCUUAUUACGAGGCUAAAUAUAGAGUAGCUGAUUGUAUAAAAUAUCACACAAAAAUUUUAGAGUUGGUAUCAAUGUGGCUUGGAUUCAUUGAGAGAAACGAAUCAUCCAUAGAUUUUUCUUACUACAUGAAAACGAAUUAUCUCAUUAGUUGCAUCAUUAAUGAUUAGAUUUAAAUUUCAUCAUUUUAUUAAGAUAUUUCUAAUACCGUUUGAUAUUACAUAAUUACACACACAUACACACUAUCAAUAUUAUCGUCGUUACAAAUUUAUAAAAAUUUAUAAUUAUCACAGAUUAUUAACAGAACAAUAAUUUUUUUCAUAUUAAUUAACUUUUUUCUCUUUGUACAUUUUGAUUGCAUCAUGGAUGGAAGAUAUAUAUGUAAACAUCAAAUAACAUUCAUAUAACAUGCACAUUAUCAUAUAGUAAAUGUUAAUCAUUUAAUCACCUUUACUUAAAUAUUUUUAAUGGUAAUAUCAAAGAGAUAUUUUUAUUACUUUAUAUAUAUAUUCUUUAUUGUAAAAAAACAUUUCGAAACCACAAUUUCUUAAUUGAUAUUAUAUUUUUUCUUAAUCAAGGUUCAUCGCAACUGUUA